AUGGCCGCGGCGAGUCGUUCCAUCCGACGAUUCGUCGUCUUCGUCUUCGUCGUCGUCUUCGUCGUCGCGAUGGCGUCGAGCGCGUUCGUCCCGACGCCCCGAGCGGAGAUCGUCGUUCUGGGAUCCCAUUACGAGCCUUCCUCCCGAGCGGCCCCGGUGGUGCCGACGUCGCCGCGCGCGACAUCGUCCUCGUCGCCGCCUCCUCGGCCGCCGCCUGUACCGGCGCCUCCGACGGCGCCUCCUGUACCGGCGCCUCCGACGCCGCCUCCGCCUCCGCAGAAGGAAGGAUUCGCGCGGUGCGCGAUGCCGCCGUGCUCGCGAGACGCGAACUGCACGCUCACGAUCUGCUGCCGCGACGUCCUGCAAGAGAUCCUCAACGCGACCGAGGCGUACUUGCGAGAGAUGCGCGUUCCGCACUACGCCGUCUUCGGCACGCUCCUCGGCGGGAUCCGGUCGAACGCCAUCAUCGAGUACACCUCGGACGUCGACAUCGCGGUCGAGCACGACGCGCUGGAGACGAUCGAGAAUAUGUCGUCGUGGAACCCGCGGUUUCACGCGUGGAGAGAAACCGAAGAGGUCGCGAGGUUAUGCAUCGUCGACGAGACGUCCCCCGGCGCGAGGACCUGGGCGAGCGCGGGCCAAGAAGUCACGGGGUGGUCCACGGUCCCGGCGUACAUGGACCUGUACGUGGCGAGGCACUUCAACGACACCGCGGACGGAGGGAGGAAGAAGACGACGUUUCGGGCCGUGAAGGCGUGCGCGUUCGACGAGGAGGAUAUAUACGGCGCGGAGGGAGACGCGCGAUUCGGGGAGGUGUCGAUAGGCGGGACGCUCGUGCCGACGCCGGCGCGCCCCGAGAAGAUCUUGAGGCAGAUAUACGGAGACGCGUGGAUGACGCCCACGGGGAGCGGCGGCCACGGCGUCAACGUCAGUGGGUAUUGUAAGGAUGAGUGGUAG